CCCGCUCCCUGUCGGCUGUUCGUCUUCUUCCUCGGAUUCAGACUCCGACAGGGGCAUGACAUCUUUUUAACUUCGCUUUUCCUUCUAUCCUUCCUUCAGGAUAGGAAUAGGAAACUUUUCCGCAUUCCUCCCAUCUUCUUCCUUUCCAGGCAUUCGGAAGUAUCCAAAAGCAGAGAGUCGGAGGAACGUGAACCCUUCCGCUCCUCAGCUGAUCCGCACCCUGUGGACCAACGGCUCAGCCAGGGACUUCUCUUCCAGGAGACCUUCUCACCUCCGUCGUAAUGCCCACAAAAAGAGGCUAAGAGCAAGGUUGGGUCCCUGUUACUAUUCGCCUGUCCAGGUUGGAGGACCCGAGGAUGACCUUCACCAGGAACGCAACCCCUCAUCCUGGCCUGCAUUCUCUGACCCCACUGGCUUGGAGAGGAGGCCCAUAAGUACCUCUGAAGGCCCUCAAUCCCUUCUAGGUUAUUACCCUCCCGGCCCAGAACACGGGGGCUACGACUGGUGGCCCGUAGGUUCUACUGAACAAGGGCAUGGUCUGCAACCUGGUCCAUAUUUUAAUUCUCACGCCCCACAUCACAUGGGCUGGGAUAGUUGGCCCAUAUCUUCUUCAUUGGAAGGAGGAUGGUGCCUUUCACGCUACUACGGCGGUCGUUCUCACGACCCAUUUCACGCUGCCUAUGAUGCUACACCCCUAAACGGACAAGAAUAUUGCCCUCAACCCAAUGCAAGUUAUUCUUCGGUCCCAGAUAGCAGAGCCCUACAUCGUGUAGAGCCAGGGGUCCAAUUCUAUUCAGAUCCUUACGUUUCUCCCUUCCAAGAUGACAGGCUCACCAGCUUUGCUCCCCAGGGGUCCAGAGCCCACCCCGACAGUCCCCCUUCUUUCCCGCAAGAUGUGGGUGAGGCCAGCAGACCCCUAAGUACUGUGGAACAGGGGCAGGGUCUCCAACCCCAUCAUUAUUGCCAGGCUGCCCAGGGACCUGACGAUGACAGCUGGGUCAUGGGUUUGCCCGAGCGAGCCCCCUGGCUCCCUUUCCACCCUAGGAGAGACCUGCCUGCCCAUCACAAUGUUAGGAGUGGCCCUUGGUCCACAGGUGGAGGUGAAGGAGACUCGGGCUUUCCAUCCCACGCAGAAGAAAUUCAUCCCCGUGGCUUCUCUGGGCCGGAAUGCUUUACUCACGAGGAAGACUGGGCUUCUUACAGCUUGCCAUGCAGAAUAGCCCUUGACACCUGGAUCAGGUCUCAGAAGAUGCAUUCAAAGCACCCUUGACGUACCAACCGUUGGCGCCAAGACUGUGCCCCUUAUGCUGCCAGCCGGAAGAGUCCCAGGGACUUUUAUUAAAAUCUAAUGCCCAUCGCGCCCCCAGGGCCAUUCUGUUCGGGGGGGGUUUACUGGUCCCCAAAGACAAUUGUGGCAGGACCGAUUUUUUUUUUGCCUCCUGGGCUGCGGUUCCAUCUUUGCCCACUCCGGACAAUGUCUGGGCGUCUCAGUUAUGGAGCAAUUGGGAAUGACUCAUUUGCGAAUUCGGGACCCGCAAUUUGGUAUUUCAGAUAUUGAUGCAAUGUUCGGAAAGAAACAAAAUCUGUGGUCAUGCCCCAGUCGGAAUCGGAUUCGGAGGGGGAGGUCGAGCAGCCGACAGGGAGCGGGAAUGUGGCUCCAUUGGCUGUGGAGGAAACUGGGG